AUGCAGGUUAAAGGCACUUCAGCUUUGGCUUCCCCUUUUACCACUUGGGCUGUGUAUAAAGAUGCGGACCUCUACCUGCUGGAUGCACCUUUCACCCACCUGGACAUCGUGACGGAGAAAGAGAUCUUUGAGAAAUGCGUGUGUAAACUCAUGGCGUCCAAGGCGCGCAUCGUGGUCACCAGCAAGUUGGAGCACCUCAAGCGGGCGGACCGAAUCCUCCUGCUGCACAACGGAGACUGCUUCUUCUACGGCACCUUCUCGGAGCUGCAGGCCAAGCGGCCCGACUUCAGCUCCCUCCUCCUCGGCAUGGAGGCCUACGACAACGUCAACGCGGAGCGACGCUGCUCCAUCCUCACCGAGACCCUCCGUCGGGUCUCCGUCGACGAGACCGCCGGCUUCCGGGGCCCGGAGACCAUCCGCCAGUCCUUCCGGCAGCCGCCGCCUCCGAUAAUCGGCCCCGGAUCCCAGGGCCACCGGGGGGCGGACGGCUACCCGGAAAAACGCAAACAGUCACUCAUCCUCAGUCCUGCGGCGGCCCGCAAGUUCUCCUUCAUCGGGAACUCCCAACAGGGCCCUCGAACGCCCCACAGUCAAACGAUAGAGGACGGGGCGCGGGAAUUUUCCGAACGCAAGUUCUCGGUGGUGCCCGAGGACGAUCAGGUGGAGGAGGUGCUCCCCAGGGGGAACCUGUACCACCACGGGCUGCAGCACCUCAACGGGCAGCGGCGCCAGUCCGUCCUGGCGUUCAUGACCAAAUCUCAGGGCCAGGAGCGCAGGGAGCAGAUCCAGUCGUCCUUCAGGAAGAAGCUGUCCAUCACGCCGCAGUGCGACCUGGUGUCCGAGCUGGACAUCUACGCCCGCCGCCUGUCCAAGGACAGCGUUUAUGACAUCAGCGAGGACGUGGACGAAGCAGACAUGGAGCAAUGCUUUGCAGAUGAACGAGAGAACAUCUUUGAAACUACCUCAUGGAGCACAUACCUUCGCUACAUCACCACCAACAGGAGCUUAGUCUACGUCUUGAUUUUCAUCGUCCUCGUCUUCUUCAUUGAGGUUGCUGGUUCAGUCAUUGGGAUUUUCCUCAUUACUGACGAGAUCUGGAGGGACGGCGCCAACCCCACGUCGCCGAACUUCAUCGACACGCAGCACCCCAACACCUCGUCGCCCUCCACCCACCUGGCGGUCAUCGUCACGCCGACCAGCGCCUACUACAUCAUCUACAUCUACGUGGCCACGUCGGAGAGCGUGCUGGCCCUGGGCUUCUUCCGGGGUCUCCCGCUCGUGCACACGCUGCUCACCGUGUCCAAGAGGCUGCACGAGCAGAUGCUCAGCGCCGUGCUGCGAGCGCCGAUGGCCAUGCUCAACACCAUGAAGACGGGCCGCAUCAUGAACAGGUUCACCAAGGACAUGGCCACCAUCGACGACAUGCUGCCUCUGGUGCUGUUCGACCUCAUUCAGCUCACGCUGAUCGUGACGGGCGCCAUCUUCACCGUGUCCAUCAUACGGCCUUACAUCUUCAUCGCCGCCAUCCCGCUGGCCGUCAUCUUCGUCAUCCUCAGAAAGUACUUCUUGAGAACCGGACAGCAGCUCAAGCUACUGGAGGCUGAAGCUCGCAGCCCCAUCUUCUCCCACCUCAUCAUCUCUCUGAAGGGCCUGUGGACCAUCCGGGCCUUCGGGCGUCAGACUUACUUUGAGACGCUGUUCCACAAGGCGCUGAACACGCACACGGCCACCUGGUUCCACUACCUGUCCACGCUGCGCUGGUUCCUCUUCCGCUGCGACAUGAUCUUCGUCCUGUUCUUCACGGCCGCCGCCUUCAUCGCCGUGGGAACCAACCAGGACAAACCAGGGGAGGUUGGCAUCAUCGUGGCCCUGGCCAUGCUCAUCCUGGGGACAUUCCAAUGGGCCGUCAUCACCAGCAUCACUGUAGACGGACUGAUGCGUUCGGUGGACCGCGUCUUCAAGUUCAUCGACCUGCCGUCGGAGGAGCCGCUGCCAGAGAAGUCCGGCGGUCACGGAGAGCCGGACCUCGUCAUCGGCAACCCGCACGCCCAAGGGUGCUGGCCCAACCGGGGCCGCAUGGAGGUCCAGGGCCUCACCGUCAAAUACACGGAGGCCGGCCGCUCCGUGCUCAGCGACAUCUCCUUCUCUGUGGAGGGAGGGCAGAGCAUCGGCCUGUUGGGGCGAACCGGCUCGGGGAAGAGCACCCUGCUCUCCGCUCUGCUGCGUCUCGCCUCCACCGAAGGAGAGAUCUCCAUCGACGGCGUCUCCUGGAGCUCCGUCUCCCUGCACACGUGGAGGAAGGCCUUCGGGGUGGUGCCACAGAGAGUUUUCAUCCUGACCGGCACGUUCCGUAUGAACCUGGACCCACACGGGGGCCACAGCGACGAGGAGCUGUGGAGGGUCGCCGAGGAGGUGGGCUUGAAGUCGGUGAUUGAACAGUUCCCAGACAAGCUGGACUUCCAGCUGGAGGACGGCGGUAACGUGCUGAGCAACGGCCACAAGCAGCUGCUGUGCCUCGCCCGCUCCAUCCUGAGCAAGGCCCGCAUCCUGCUGCUGGACGAGCCCUCGGCCUACCUGGACCCCAUAACGCUGCAGGUCCUGAGGAAGACGCUGAAGCAUUCGUUCUCCCGCUGCACCGUCAUCCUGUCGGAGCACCGGGUGGAGCCGCUGCUGGAGUGCCAGUCCUUCCUGAUGAUCGAGGGCAGCUCCAUGAAGAGCUACGACUCCCUCCAGAAGCUGCUGAACGAGACGAGCCUCCUGAAACAGGCCAUGAGCCCCUCCGACAGGCUCCGCCUCUUCCCGACGCUGCACCGCCUCAACUCCAGCAAGCGGGCGCCGCCGCCCACCGCCAAGAUCUCAUCGCUGCCGGAGGAGGCCGAAGACGAGGUCCACGACACUCGCCUCUGACCGACCAACACACACACACACACACACACACACACACACACACACACACACGAGGGUUCGAUACCGAUGAUUUACGAUACCCUCCCAGAUUAUUUUUGUUUAUUAAAUAGCACGAGAACUCAAUUUGUAGAUUUUUGCACUGAAAGAAAAUGUAAAAAAAAAAAAAAAUGGACAUAGUUGUGAUCAAUAUAAACCAGAAGCAUUAAAUCCUAAACUCUGGACUCUUCAUUGAUCCAUUUAAAGUG